GGAAGGGAUCUGGCUUCCGAGCGGGCAGCCGGGCGGGGAGGUGGCUCGCCCCUCGCCCCGCCCCUCGCCCCGCCCCCCGUCACCUCUCCUAGGCGGCGCAGAACCCUGAACCGGCCGCCUCCAUGCAAAAGGCAGGGCUACUGUUGGGUCCCUGUGCGCGGACGUGGAAGUCGGUGCGGAUGGCCAGCUCCGCGGUGGCGCGCCGGAACCCGCUUGAGAAUAAGGUGGCCCUAGUAACGGCCUCCACUGACGGGAUCGGUUUCGCCAUCGCCCGGCGUCUGGCCCAGGAUGGGGCCCACGUGGUGGUCAGCAGCCGGAAGCAGCAGAACGUGGAUCGGGCAGUGGCAACACUGCACGGGGAGGGGCUGAGUGUGACGGGCACCGUGUGCCAUGUGGGGAAGGGCGAGGACCGAGAGCGGCUGGUAGCCACGGCUGUGAACCUUCAUGGGGGCGUGGACAUCCUGGUCUCCAAUGCUGCCGUCAUCCCUUUCUUUGGAAACUUAAUGGAUGUCACCGAGGAGGUAUGGGACAAGGUUCUGGACAUUAAUGUGAAGGCCACAGCCCUGAUGACAAAGGCCGUGGUGCCAGAGAUGGAGAAACGAGGAGGCGGCUCAGUGGUGAUUGUGGCCUCCGUAGGAGCCUACAGACCAUUUCCUGGCCUGGGCCCUUACAAUGUUGGUAAAACAGCCUUGCUGGGCCUCACCAAGAACCUGGCCUUAGAGCUGGCCCAAAGGAACAUUAGGGUGAACUGCCUGGCACCUGGACUCAUCAAGACUAGCUUCAGCCGUAUGUUGUGGGAUGACCAGGCAAGACUGGAGAGCCUAAAAGCAACCAUGCAGAUCAAAAGGAUAGGCAAGCCAGAGGACUGUGCGGGCAUCGUAUCUUUCCUUUGCUCCGAAGACGCCAGCUAUAUCACUGGGGAGACAGUGGUGGUGGCUGGAGGGAUGCCAUCCCGCCUCUGAGGACCUGGAGAACAUCCACCAGCGCAGAGAUUGGGCUCCAUCUCCUGGGUCCUGUUCCAGCAUCCAUCCACUGGCCUUUCCCACCUCUGCCUAGCGUACUGCUCACCUUACACCCUAACCCCACCCCCCCCAUAUCAAUUCUGCUCUGUGAAAAGCUCCAGCAUUCUCUGGGGUCAAGGUGUGGUCUUAUGAGGAUUCUCACUGUUGCUGUGGCCUUGGAUAAAGACUUCCCUUGAGAGCACAGGGCAGCCCUGCUGAGAGGGCUUAGUCUACCGUGGCAAAGACCAACUAAUAUUUUUUUUCUGGGCAUCAGGGGAAUUUGAGGGAGAUGGGAGAGAAGGAACCUGGAGUGGAAGGAACAGGGUUGGAAAAUAACAACUCACAAAUGAUGUCUAAAUAAAAUACAGAUGAUCAUGA